ACGCACUCACCACCGCACUCGCACUGGGAAGAGAGAGAGAGAUCGCAGGGGAAUUUGGAGGGGGGGGCGAUGGGCGGAGUGACGUCGUCUGUGGCGGCGAAGCUGGCCUUCUUCCCGCCUUCGCCGCCGUCCUACGAGGUGGUGACGGAGCCCGAGUCCGGGGUGGUCCGGCUCAGCCGCUACCCCCACCGCGAGAACGUGGAGGUGCUCCGACUCCCCACCCGCCGGGGCACGGAGAUCGUCGCCCUCUACGUCCGCAACCCCAUGGCCGCGUUCACGGUCCUCUACUCCCACGGCAACGCUGCCGAUCUCGGCCAGAUGUACGAGCUCUUCCUCGAGCUUAGCAUCCACCUCCGCGUUAACCUGUUGGGGUAUGACUAUUCUGGCUAUGGUCAAUCAUCCGGAAAGCCAACUGAGCAAAACACCUAUGCUGAUAUAGAGACCGCUUAUAAGUGCCUCGUAGAGAACUAUGGUGCUAAGGAGGAAGAAAUUAUCCUCUAUGGCCAAUCUGUGGGAAGUGGACCAACUGUGGACUUGGCUGCCCGUUUACCUCAUUUUCGUGCUAUCAUGCUGCAUAGUCCUAUACUAUCAGGUUUAAGAGUGAUGUAUCCUGUAAAACGCACAUACUGGUUUGACAUCUACAAGAACAUCGACAAGAUAUCAUUGGUUAAUUGUCCUGUGCUAGUAAUUCAUGGAACAUCUGAUGAAGUUGUGGAUUUUUCUCAUGGUAAGAAGCUAUGGGAAUUGUGUAAUGAGAAGUAUGAACCUCUUUGGCUAAAAGGAGGAAAGCAUUGUGACUUGGAGCUUUUUCCAGAAUACCUUAAACACAUCAAGAAGUUUAUAUCUACAGUUGAGAAAUCACCUUCUCAGAGGAGCACCUGGAGAAAAAGUGCAGAACAGUUUGAACCUCCUAGGAAGAGCACUGAUUGCUUUGAACCAUCAAGGAAGAGCAUUGAUCGAAGAGAAAAAUCUAGGCAAAGUACAGAGAAGUCAAGAAGCAAAGAUCAGAGGACUACAAAUGUGGAAAAUUUGGAAAAAUUAAAGAUAUCAUUUGACCAAAUGGAGAAGUCUAGGAGGAGUUUAGAUUGUUUUGAUAAGUCUAGGAAGAACAUUGAUCAACUGGACAGAGGACGGAAGAGUGUUGACAGAUUGGAUAGGAUCUGGGCUGGAUGAACUUUUCACCUCUUUGCAAAAUUCAUACAUGCGCGUUGAUUGGGGUUGUGUACAUUUUUUUAUGUUUAUCAAUCAUAUAAUCUGUCUGUGGAUGUUUAUAUGCAUUAGAUGGAUGUUGAAAGUAAAUCCUAGUUGAUGAGUGAUUGUAUCUCUUGGUUAAUGAUCGGACAAUUUUUUUUCUUCUGAUGAUAA